AUGACAAGAGUAAGGAUACUCAUAAAUGCUCUCAUCGCCGGGAUAAAUGCAAGCAUAAAUGGGCGAGCGUUUUCGAUUGGUGAAUCCCAUACACCAAGUACAGCAGCUCCGAGUACUGCGGCUCCAAACAUAAACUGCGUGGCUUGCAACACCCUCACUUACGGAAGUAGAAACAGAGACGAGUGUAAUACCUGCAUGGCAGGCACGAACAAGUGUUGGACUCUUAAUGAGCAGUUUAAUUUCUACUUUUGCGCCGAAGCGCCUGGUGGAGUCGACUUUGACGUGAAUCCGGUCACUGCAUCAAGCUGCGACGAGCUCAACUGGUGCAACGGAAACGGCCAGUGCGCGAUGACGGGACCCGACUCAGCGAUCUGUAUCUGCAACUCGUUAUACACUGGCGACAAUUGCGCCAACGCGAAACCGAUUUCAAAUCAGAAGAGCUGCUCGGAUCUGAAUUACUGCAACAACCACGGUCGUUGCUUCAGUAAACCAUCUGCUGACGCAUACUGUGAUUGCAAUGUCGGCUGGCAGGGUGCCUCAUGCAACAUACCCAUUCAAGCAGGAUCGGUCACUUGCCGUGAUCUGAACUACUGUGGCGUACAUGGCAAAUGUAUCCAGACUCCCCAGGACACCGAUGAUUACUGUUCCUGCGACAGUGGCUGGAAGGGCAUUAUGUGCGACCAGGCUCAAGCCUUCAACUAUUUACAGUGCGGCGAGGACCUCAUUUGCUCCACCAACGGUCGAUGCAUCGACCUCUCCAGUGCCGAUGAUUACUGUGUUUGCAACGAAGGUUGGAGCGGAAAAACAUGUACCGUUCAAGAUAGCUGUGGAAAUGUUGGCAUCUGCCAGAAUGGUGCCCCCUGCGUUUAUGACGCUCAACGCUAUGGCAAUUACUGCGCCUGUCGAGACGGUUACUUUGGCCCAACUUGCGCUUCACGUGAUCCUUGCGUCGAAACCAAGUGCUACAACGAUGGUGUGUGCAACAACAUCAACGGAGAAGCUCAAUGCAGCUGCGCGCCUGGCUGGAAAGGCCCCUAUUGCGAAGUAAUGAUUCCAUGCACCAGGAAAUGUGGACGAGGAUGGUGUACUCAUGGCGUCAAUUCGAUGUCCUGCAGAUGCCCUGAUGGCGUUUAUGGCAGCAACUGCCAAGAGGAUUGCCAAUCAAAGUGCAACUUAUCAACUCACGAGUGCAAAAUGGAGAACCAAGUUGCCAUUUGCACUGAGAAACGAAAGUCCAUUUGCAAUGCUUUAUCUCCUUGUCAAAACGGAUGUGAGUGCGCCGAUGGAGAUCACGAUGGAUACGACUACACUUGCACCAACAAACAAGGUAGAUACUUCCUCGGCAAGAGAUGCAACUUCGAUGAGCCACAACUCAACUGCGCAAGUGAUCACAUUACUGUCACGGUUACUAACGAUCUCCUCCUCCGUCACAUUUUCAAGAGCGACGCAAAGUUUGCAACUGGUACUGACAAUCAAUUGGUGUUUUCUGACGGUGGAGCACUUUCUACUCUCCGAAUCGAGCGAAAAGACUUCAGCAAGAUUUCUGCACCAGCUGUGGAGAACGGCGUACUUACCUUUGGAAGCAGUGUCAGAUCUCUUCGUACCUUUGAAGGAACUACUCCAGUUGUGACAACAAUCUUCUCCUUCCAGUGUCAGUAUGGCGUUGACCUCACUCCAGCCACGAUUACCCCUCUUGAGUGGCCGAAGAUCUCGGUAGAAGCCGAUCAAGCGACUUUUGAAGUAGAGAUGAAGUUCUUCAGCGUUGAUGCUCGUGCUGGAAUUCACCGUCGAGCCCGAUCAAGCCCAGUUCUUCUUGUGAGGGAAGAAAUCUUCGUCAAUCUUGCUCCUACUGCCAACUCAUUCGAUCAGUUCCCAGAGCUUGGCUCACAGACUGGCAUCCGCGUCAAAAAUUGCUACCUUGUUGCUGGCAAUACUCAAACUCCCAUCAUCGAAGACGGAGUGGCACUUGAGAGCUCUGGUCACGCUCACGCUUCUUUCGACACUCCUCAGCCUGCAACUGGCGUCGAGUUCUCCUUGAUUUUGCUCAACACGCACCUCCGUGACUCUACACUUCAAUGCACUGCCGCCUUGUGCACCGGAGACGCAUGCAAACACACUGCUCGAGUUGGCCGUUCUAUCCAAAACAGCUCGACAAACUUCAGCAUGGCCAUCGGCCCGUUCAUGCUCGCAGAUCUCAGCGAUGGAACUCAAUCUAAUUUAUCUACCUUGUAG